AUGGAGACCUCGCAGCCGUCCCUGGUUGCUCCUCCAUCUCUUCCGCAAAACCCUUCCCUAUCGCCGUAUCUCGCUGCCUUAGCCCUCUCGUCCCCCGUCUUGUCCGUUAACGACGAAGACACUAAUGGCGAGGAUAGAUCCACGCUCCUGUCCCCUGCGGUUGCUUCUCCCGCUGCGCCGAACUUCCGCUGCCGCUUCCGCACGCCGCUGUUCGGCUGCGUGGCGCUAGACGCGGUGCAGCGGGAGGUGCGCGGACGGCGCGAGCUUGCGGAGCGGGGAGCGCUCCAGGCGCAGGGGGAGGGGGGGCGGAAGCAGCAGGAGGGGAAGCAAACGGCAGCGCAAGAAAAGCGGAGACUGGCGCAGGAAAAGGGAAAGGGGACGGGGAUAAACCAGCAGCGGCUGGGGGCGGAAUCAGCAGCGGAAGGGGAGGAGGCACCGCGCAUCAGCCACGAUUUCGCCAUGUUUGUCGGAGGCCCAAUCUGGGCCGUUGAUUGGUGCCCUCUCCCUCGUUACAGUCACACCCAAUACCUCGCCGUCGCCUCUCAUCCCCAUCUGCGCCCAUUCUCCCCCAUUGGCGUCCCCCUGUGCGGACCUGCGCUGGUGCAGGUGUGGGCGGUUAGACUGGCGGAGGGGGACGGGGAAGCGGAGGGGGAGGGCGGGGGGAAAGGGGAGGGGGAAGGGGAGGGGGAAGGAGAGGGCGGAGAGGAGGGGAGUUUGCCCUGGUGGAUGCUGCCGAGCGGAAGGGGCAGGGGGAGAGGCGGGCGUAGGGGGAGAGGGGCGGGGAGAGGUACGGGGAGAGGAGUAGAAAGCGGGAGAGGGAGAGGGAGGGGGCGAGGGAGGGGGAGGGGUAAGGGGAGGGGGAGGGGAAAGGGCGGGGAUGCCACGAGCGGAGAAGCAGGAGGUGUUGGGGAGAGGCAGGAAAGUGCCGGGGGGAGCAGUGUGGGAGUGAAAAGGAAAGCUGGGGAUGUGGGGCUCGGUUCGCGAGGGUGGGAAGGGGUGGAGUGGGAUGGGAGAGAGAGGAAAGUGGAAAUGAGAUGGGAGAGAGGGGAGGGUGGGGAUACAUGGAUAGGGUCAGGAGGCAGAGGAGGAAGAGGAGGAGAAGGAGAAAGAGGGGAAGGAGGAGGUGGGGGAGGAGGGAGAGAAGAAGGGGCAGAGGGGAGGAGCAAGAGAGCAGGAGAGCCUCAGGCGCAGAUGGUGCUGGGGAUUGCACACCAAGGCGGACUCACUCGCUGUGCCAGGUGGCGGCCACUGGUUGGUGGGCGAGACAGCAGGGCAGGUCAAGGAGGAGAGGAGAGUCUUGGGUUGCUGGCGGCUGCCUUGGGAGAUGGCACAGUUGCAGUGCUCCCCUGCGAGCUCGCGUGGAAGGUGGAUUCAGCCUCUCAUGCCGCCUCUCAUGCCGCCUCUCCUGCCUCCUCUCCUGCCGCCUCUCCUGCUUCCUCUCCUGCCACAUCAUGCUCCCCACAUCGCGCCACCGACCUCCUUGCUGCCGGCUUCCAGGAUGGUUCCGUCCGUAAUGACCCUCCCCACCUGUAA